AUGGAGGACUCUUCACCGCAGAUGCGGCCUUACCUGGGCUGUUGGGACAACGAGGACAAGUACUCGGUGGCGAACAGCCAGGCGCCUCUCCAGGGGACCGAGGACGAGCACCCCGAAAGAGGGACCUGGACGGGGAGGUUCGAUUUCCUGCUGUCCCUGUUGGGGUACAGCGUCGGCCUCGGAAACGUCUGGAGGUUCCCCUACCUCUGCUACUCGAACGGGGGAGGUGCCUUCCUGAUUCCGUUUACCGUGAUGCUCGUCAUCGCCGGACUGCCCCUCAUGUUCAUGGAGCUAUCCCUCGGUCAGUACGCGAGCCUGGGACCGGUGGCGGCCUACAAGCGGUUCUGCCCCCUUCUUCGCGGUCUGGGCUACGGCAUGGUCCUCGUCAGCUCCGUCGUGAUGCUCUACUACAACCUCGUCAUCGCCUGGACCUUGUACUACAUGUUCGCCUCGGUCGCCGGUGGAGGCGCGCUGCCUUGGAGGAACUGCGACCCUUCCUGGAGCACCGUCGACUGCUACACCCCCGAGGCGGCGGAGCGGUGCCAGGAGAGGAACGCCUCCUUCUACAAGGGCAAGUGCCUCAACGACAGCCAGAUGACGGCGAUCGGCCUGACGAUCGAGAACGUGACCGCCGCCGUCCGGAGGCCGCCCGCGGAGGAGUACUUCAACAACCACGUCCUGGGCCUGAGCGCCGGCAUCGAGGAGACCGGGGCCGUUCGUCCCCCUCUGGCGUUCUGCCUGUUCCUGGCCUGGGUCAUCGUCUUCCUGUGCCUGAGCAAAGGGGUGCAGAGCUCCGGGAAAGUCGUCUACUUCACGGCCCUCUUCCCCUACGUCGUGCUGAUAGCGCUCUUCGUCCGAGGUAUUCUUCUACCGGGGGCCGAGGAGGGGAUCCUCUUUUACUUGACCCCGGACUGGAGGAGACUGACCUCCGCCAAGGUCUGGGGCGACGCGGCCGUGCAGAUCUUCUUCGCCCUCAGCCCGGCCUGGGGGGGUCUCAUCACGCUCAGCUCCUACAACAGGUUCACCAACGACUGCUACAAGGACUCGCUCAUCGUGGCCGUGAGCAACAUCGGGACGUCCUUCUUCGCCGGACUGGUCAUCUUCUCGGUGAUCGGGUUCCUGGCGCACGAGCUGAAGGUCCCCGUGGCCUCCGUCGUGGACCAGGGCGCGGGGCUGGCUUUCAUCGUUUACCCGGAGGUCGUCUCCAGGUUGCCGGUCGCCCCGGUGUGGUCGUUGCUGUUCUUCGUCAUGCUCCUGACUCUGGGCCUGGACUCGCAGUUCGCUCUGAUGGAGACCGUGACCACGGCGAUCCUCGACGGAGCCCCUUCUCUGAGGAACUACAAGUCCUGGGUCGUCCUGGCAGCCGCGGUCUUGGGCUACGCCGGCGGCAUCGUGUUCACCACGAACGCCGGGAUGUACUGGCUCCAGCUGAUGGACAAGUACGCCGCCAACUGGUCGGUCCUGCUGAUCGCCAUAAGCGAGUGCAUCCUGGUCGCCUGGGUCUACGGAGCCGACAGGUUCCUGGACAACGUCCAACAGAUGAUAGGACCUCGGGGCCGAGUCUGGAGGUUCUUCUGGACGUGGAUGUGGAAGGUGGUCACCCCGGCCGCGCUCUUCUUCAUACUCUUCUUCAACUGGGUGGAGUACGAGCCCCUCGAGUACGGCGCUUACGUCUAUCCGAAGUGGGCCGACGCGGUCGGGUGGCUCGUGGGCUUGUUGCCCGUCCUCGUCAUCGUCGGCGUCGCUCUGUUUCAGUUGAGGAGUCGUCGGAGGCGACCCGCCUACGACGAGGACGAAGAGGACGAGGACGACCUCGAGCUGCCAGGAAGGGGAAAGAGCAAAGGCGCAGGAGGGAACGGUUCCGUUUGGAGUCGAGCGCGCGCGCUCCUUCGGCCGACCUCGAGUUGGGGUCCCGCCACCCGGAGCCCCUCGAGGACCCUGGCGCGGACUCCGUCGCUCGGUCAACCCGGAGGGUACGACUCCGUGCGGGACACCAUCGUCCUGGUGAAGCCCCUGAUGGUGCUGCCCUGUGGAAACGCAGGAACCGCCACCGGUAAACUGCCGGGGCCCUCGAUCCUGAAGAACUCCAGCAAAACGGAUCUCGUGACCUCUCAGCAGGUCUGACCCGACGCGCACGUCGUUCCCGAAACGGCGAGUCCUGGGGCGAGUCGGAGACCGCUGAUAUCCUCCAGCCUGGUCGUUGCUCGUUGAGAGAUUAUUUUUUCAAUGUUACCGCGAGUAGU